GCGCUCAGUGCAAAACGAAGCACUGAAGGUGUCAGUUGGGCUCCCGACGGUUCUACUUUUUUUAGCUCCCACAGCCAACACAACUCUCAGCGAUUUUGACGCAAAUUUUGAACGUCAGCAGCAGAACUUUUGAUCCAAGGGCGUGGCAAUCGAGCAACAGGAUGCUGAUGGCGCUGCCUUUGCUGACUUUGGCGGUCCUCGCCAGCUGCGGCUACACCGUGGACGCCUACUCGAAGUACGGCCGUGGAUGCGGGGACAUUGGCUGCCUGCCCACCGAGGAGUGCGUCAUCACCAGCGACUCGUGCAGCUACAAUCAGCGGGACGGAAAGGAUUGCGGCCAAUAUCCCACCUGCAAGCGGCGCUCCGGAUCGACUGCCUCGAACAGCAGCCCCAAUUUGGCGGCCAAUCCCUCGGCCAAUCCGUCAGAGGUGAGCCAUAACACAUACGCCCCGAAUGCCCCGAGUGCCCCGCUGCCGGAUGCGGAUGCAAACAGUGGAGGUGGCGGAGGCGCAAGUGGCGGAUACGGUGGCGGCUUCUCGGCUGGCGGUCAAUCCCUGUACCCCAGUCUACCCAACUCGAACGGAGGAGGCGGUGGUGGUGGUGCGGCGCCCUAUAAUCCCUAUGCUGCCGGUGGUGCCGGUGGUGCUGGCUACAAUCCCUACAACGGCGGCUACAAUCCCGGCAACGGCGGCUAUCAACCCCCAGCCCCUGGCGGCGGCUAUCAGCCCUAUCAGCCCAGACCUGGCUACACGCCACCCGCCCCGGGCUACGAGAAUAAUGGUGGUGGUGGUGCCCAGAAACCCAAGGACAAGGAGGGCGGCUUCUUCUCCAACUUCUUUUCGAAUCCGGCGGUGAGUCAAGCGGUGUCCGGUAUCAUUGCAGGCCAGAUAGCCAAGCAGCUGCAGGGUGGCGGAGCCGGAGGAGCAGGUGGUCAGCAGCAGCCCAGUGGUGGCUAUCAGCCCAGCGGAGGCUAUGGCGGAGGAUCAGCAGCAGGAGGCGGCGGCGGCGGAGGAGGUGGCUCCAACAUCCUAGGAGGUCUUCUGGGAUCCGUUCUGUCCGGCGGAGGUGGUCAGAAUGGAGGAGGCGGUGGCGGUGGAGGAGCCAGCAGCUUCUUGGGCAGCCUGCUCAGCGGCGGAAAUGGCAACCGGGGUGGCCAGCAGGGAGGAGGUGGAGGAGGCGGACUGGGCGACAUCUUCAGCUCGAAGAACUUUGGCGGCCUCUUCAGCGAGAAUCCCUCUUCCCGGGGCGGCGGCUCCUCAUCCUCCGAUGGCGGCGCCAAGGGGUAUCCCACCCAGGCACCUGGCAAUUACUACGGCUAAAAUGGAGUAGCCUCCCCCAAUGUGGAGAUCUAGAUAUAGACUCUUCCCCAAUUGAAAUUCACCCCUCUACCUAUUUUUUUCUUUCGUUCUUUGGCAAUGUAAUCAAAUGGAGAACUUUCAACGAAAUUAACUGAAACAAUAUUGAAAUAUAUACAUUUAAGCAUAUUAUACGCAACUAUAAAUGACGAUUAUACAAAUACAAUACAUAUAUACAACAAACCAACAUAUAUAUAUAAAUAAACCUAUAUAUAUAUAUAAACCCCCGAUAAAUAAAAAAAUAAGAAAGAGAGCUGUCUAACAUGUAAUUUGAGAUACCGUGCGCGUAGCAUUCCCCCUUGGAAAUUAAAAGAAACCGAAAAGCCCCAUUCAUUUGUAAAUAGAAAAGUAACUGAAAUUAAAAUUGAACAAGAAAAUAUACGUAAGAAUUGAAAGCCAA